UUCUUCUUCUUCUUCUUCCUUUUUUUUUUUUUUUACGUCUCUUCCUUUCAAUUGACAGUAUCAGCAGUAAAAUGCCCUUUCCUAUUGACCAUCACUAAAAUCGUGUUCACUACGCAGGCAGCAAUGGCCGCAAUGGGGAAAAGUUCCGCGACCCGGAAGGACUCCGUCCUCACGCGCCGCUACAUCGAGGGCCUCAUCGCAGAUGGCAAACACGUUAUUAUCUUUGACGGUCGCGUUUUGAGAGUCGAUGCUUGGAUCCCAUAUCACCCUGGAGGUGAUAAGUCUAUUAGACACAUGGUGGGCAAGGAUGCAACGGACGAGAUUAAUGCGUUGCAUUCCCAGGAGGCGCGUCAACGUAUGCUCUCGUUCCAGAUCGGUCGCAUCCAGGGCCCGUGGUUAAACUUCCUGCCUCCGAUCCAGGGCGGGAAGUUCCGUCCGUACACCGAAGAUUGCUUGUCCGAUGAUGAAAGUUCAGGCCAGGAAAGUUCCGGCCAGGAAACGUCACAGCCUCCGUCCCCGAUCUUCGACGCAAUAGACUCGAUUGCUUCGGUCCGUCAGCGGAAGCCUUCGGCGGCCGAAGCCCCAACUCUAGCCGCACCACUCGAAGACGAGUCAAAACCGAAACCCUUCUUUCUCGAUGCGCGCACGCAAGAAGAACUCGACUUUGACACGGCCAAGUUCCCCUCUCUCGACUCGGCAAAUCAAGAGAAGAUCAGGCAGCGUUAUCGUCUUCUAGACAAUCAGAUCCGAGCAGAGGGGUUGUAUGAUUGCCGCUACUUUUCGUACUUCAUCGAGUGUUGUCGGUAUACCCUGUUCGCGGCCCUCUCGUAUUACUUCCUCAAGCUGGAGUGGUACGGGACAUCUGGGUUUUUCUUGGGGUGCUUCUGGCACCAGCUUGUCUUCACCGCCCAUGAUGCUGGUCAUAUGGGUAUAACGCAUAACUUCCACUUCGAUACAGUGAUCGGUAUCAUUAUCGCAGACUACCUCGGAGGACUCAGUCUCGGAUGGUGGAAACGGAGCCACAAUGUUCAUCACAUCGUGACCAACGCCCCGGAGCAUGAUCCUGACAUUGAGCAUAUGCCUUUCUUUGCCAUUUCCCACCGCUUCCUAACCAGUCUUCGAAGCACCUACUACGACCGCGUGAUGACUUAUGACGCCGUGGCUAAAUUCAUGCUGCGCUUCCAGAACUAUCUAUACUAUCCCAUUCUCCUCUUUGGGCGAUUCAACCUUUACCGGCUAAGCUGGGAGUAUCUGUUCACGGGCCAAGCACCGAAGAAGGGUCCCGCUUGGUGGCAUCGCUGGUUCGAGAUCGGCGGCCAGGUCUUCUUCUGGUACUGGUUUGGCUACGGUGUGUUGUAUUGCACCAUCCCGGACUGGAAGAGCCGGUUAACCUUCCUUCUGAUCUCGCACAUGGUCACCUCCCCUCUCCACGUGCAGAUCACUCUCUCCCACUUCGCCAUGUCCACAUCUGACAUGGGUGUCAACGAGUCCUUUCCCCAGCGAAUGCUUCGCACCACCAUGGAUGUAGACUGCCCGACCUGGCUGGACUGGUUUCACGGCGGCCUGCAAUUCCAGGCCAUCCACCACCUCUACCCGCGCAUUCCCCGCCACAACCUGCGCCGCACGCAACGGCUGGUUUUGGAGUUCUGCCGCGACACGGGUAUCCCCUAUACCAUUUUCACCUUCUAUGACGGCAAUAAGGAGGUCAUUGGUAAACUCGGCGAUGUGGCCAAACAAGUCCGGAUUCUGGAGGAGUGCAGGAAACAGUGUGCUCAACAGGGCGUCUUCUCGGAUCACCACUAGAGCUGGGAAUGGGAAUAGACCGGUGUUUGAAACUUCAUGGUUGAACAGUCGGUUGCGGUUUCGAGCUGUGGCGGUUGUUCUGGUCUGUAAAUGUAGAAACUAUACUAUCCUGUACAGUACUUAGCGCUGUGGCCCAGAUGCACGAAACAAUCACUGUAUAGUUGGACAUGAGAGACUUACGGAUUGGCGUUUGAAGGGCCCUUUAUGACAAAUCUGGUAUUCUUUAAUGAUAUGAUGAUGUUUUGAUUGCA